CAUGCCCUCUCUCCCAAAGCUCCCUACAUCCAUCUGGUGAACGGAAGGCACCGAUGUGAGGGUCGUGUUGAGAUCUACUACCGAGGACAGUCGGGGACGGUUUGUGACGACUUCUGGGACCUCGCGGAUGCCCAGGUUGUGUGCAGGCAGCUGGGGUGUGGCAGGGCCAUUGCAGCUCUAGGAAGUGCCUACUUUGGGCAAGGCUCAGGGGACAUCGUGCUGGACAACGUGAGCAGGAAUGCCCAGCCCAACAUCUCCGACCAGCGCAGCACUACCCACCAGCACACCAGAGAUGUCCACCUCAGCAGAGAUGACCACCACAGUGGGAUCCAGUGCCACACCAGAGAUGUCCACCUCAGCAGUGAUGUCCAGCUCAGCAGUGAUGUCCACCUCAGCAGAGAUGACCACCUUACCGGAGACGACCACAUUCACAAGGAUGAUAACCUCACCAUUGUUGAGCACCUCAGAGACAGCUAUGAAAGAAGACGAGAGCACACCAGCAGGGAUGCCCAUGAUAGAGCAGAAGAUAGAGGAAACAGCCCUCAUAGCAGAGACGACCACCUCAGCAGACACAACCACCUCAGCAGAGACGACAACCACCUCAGUAGAGACAACCACCUUAGCAGAGAUGACCACAACCUCAGCAGAGCCACCCACCUCAGCAGACACAACCACCUCAGCAGAGACAACAACCUCAGCAGAGACAACCACCUCAGCAGAUACAACCACCUCAGAAGAGACAACCACCUCAGCAGAGACAACCACCUCAGAAGAGACGACGACUUUAGCAUGGAUUGGCCCAGCGUGCGGCUGUCGGGCGGCAGGAACGGCUGCGAGGGCCGCGUGGAGCUGUACGACGGCAGCUCGUGGGGCACGGUGUGUGACGACCAGUGGGACCUGCGGGAUGCCCAGGUGCUGUGCCGCCAGCUGGGCUGUGGCCAGCCCGUGGAUGCCCCGCAAAAUGCUCACUUUGGCCCGGGCUCCGGCCGCAUCUUCCUGGACGACGUGCAGUGCCGCGGGGACGAGCCCUCCCUCCAGAUGUGCCGGCACAACGGCUGGGGCGUGCACAACUGCGGGCACGUGGAGGAUGCCAGUGUCAUCUGUGCAGCUACCCAGCCAACCCCUCCUCCUCAAUGGCCGCUCACAACAGGGCCCAGCGUGCGGCUGUCGGGCGGCAGGAACGGCUGCGAGGGCCGCGUGGAGCUGUACGACGGCAGCUCGUGGGGCACGGUGUGUGACGACCAGUGGGACCUGCGGGAUGCCCAGGUGGUGUGCCACCAGCUGGGCUGUGGCCAGCCCGUGGCUGCGCUGGACACUGCACACUUUGGCCCGGGCUCCGGCCGCAUCUUCCUGGACGACGUGCAGUGCCGCGGGGACGAGCCCUCCCUCCAGAUGUGCCGGCACAACGGCUGGGGCGUGCACAACUGCAGGCACGUGGAGGAUGCCAGUGUCAUCUGUGCAGGGCCCAGCGUGCGGCUGUCGGGCGGCCGGAACAGCUGCGAGGGCCGCGUGGAGCUGUACGACGGCAGCUCGUGGGGCACGGUGUGUGAUGACCAGUGGGACCUGCGGGAUGCCCAGGUGCUGUGCCGCCAGCUGGGCUGUGGCCAGCCCGUGGAUGCCCCACAAAAUGCUCACUUUGGCCCGGGCUCCGGCCGCAUCUUCCUGGACGACGUGCAGUGCCGCGGGGAUGAGCCCUCCCUCCAGAUGUGCCGGCACAACGGCUGGGGCGUGCACAACUGCGGGCACGUGGAGGAUGCCAGUGUCAUCUGUGCAGCUGCCAAUCCAACCACUCCUACUCAAUGGCCACUCACAACAGGGCCCAGCGUGCGGCUGUCGGGCGGCAGGAACGGCUGCGAGGGCCGCGUGGAGCUGUACGACGGCAGCUCGUGGGGCACGGUGUGUGACGACCAGUGGGACCUGCGGGAUGCCCAGGUGCUGUGCCGCCAGCUGGGCUGUGGCCAGCCCCUGGAUGCCCCACACAACGCUCGCUUUGGCCCGGGCUCCGGCCGCAUCUUCCUGGACGACGUGCAGUGCCGCGGGGACGAGCCCUCCCUCCAGAUGUGCCGGCACAAUGGAUGGGGCAUGCACAACUGCGGGCACGUGGAGGAUGCCAGUGUCAUCUGUGCAGCUCUGCUGUUCAUGGCCAUUGCCAUUGAACUCAUCACCUCCCCAAUUUACAGAGACAUCCACCCCUCUGGAAAUGACCACCACAGCACCAACUCCUGCCACAGCCGAGGAGUCCAGCCCAGCACUGCUGACCACCACAACCACAACAGCUACCACAGCAAUGAGCAGCACACCAGCCACCCAGACAACCCCUCCUCCUCAAUGGCCGCUCACAACAGCUACCCAGCCAACCCCUCCUCCUCAAUGGCCGCUCACAACAGGGACACUCAGGCGUGGUAUGAGCCCCAGCUGAGCAUGGUGGGACAAGCCCAUGCAUACCUGAGCUCUGAUGGUUCUGGGCUGGAGCUUACUGGGCCCAGCGUGCGGCUGUCGGGCGGCAGGAACGGCUGCGAGGGCCGCGUGGAGCUGUACGACGGCAGCUCGUGGGGCACGGUGUGUGACGACCAGUGGGACCUGCGGGAUGCCCAGGUGCUGUGCCGCCAGCUGGGCUGUGGCCAGCCCCUGGAUGCCCCACACAACGCUCGCUUUGGCCCGGGCUCCGGCCGCAUCUUCCUGGACGACGUGCAGUGCCGCGGGGACGAGCCCUCCCUCCAGAUGUGCCGGCACAAUGGAUGGGGCAUGCACAACUGCGGGCACGUGGAGGAUGCCAGUGUCAUCUGUGCAGGCACAUACAGCUCAAGUACACUUUUGCAGAGAUUACUGUAAGUAAAUUCUUUCCCAUUUCUUUCUGCAGCACCUUAUUUUUGUGGUGGCUCAGUCUCAGAUUCCUCUGGGGUGCUGGAGAGUCCCAACUAUCCUGGAAAUUAUCCAAACGAUGCUGACUGCGUGUGGGAAAUACAAGUGGAAAACAAUUUCCGUGUAACGCUCACAUUUAGAGAUAUUGUGAUGCAAAGCGGGACAUGCCAGCAGGACUACAUUGAAGUCUAUGAUGGACCUCUCCACUCUUCCCCUCUUCUUGGGAGAUUCUGUUCUGGUUCCUUUCCCACAUACGUGUCCUCUUCAAACAUGAUGAGUGUUCGCUUCCACAGUGAUUCCAGAUACUCCUUCAGAGGGUUUCAGGCUCACUACUCCUCCAUUCCAGCAGGUCACAACACCACCAUUCAGUGCUUGCCAGACUACAUGCACGUAGUGAUCAGCAGAGACUACCUCCAGUCCCAGGGCUACUCAGCACAGAGGGUCACGCUGAACAACAACCGCUGCAGACCGACAGUCACCUCACAGGAGGUUGUAUUCAACAUCCCCUACAGCGGCUGUGGGACAGUACAAGAGGAGAACAACGACACAAUCAACUACUCCAACACCAUCAGGGUCGCAUCUUCCGGGUACGUAAUCAAGAGGAGAAAGAACAUCAACUUGCAUGUCAGCUGCAAAAUGCUGAGGAAGAGCUGGCAGCAGGUGGUGUACGCUGCUGAGGACACGGUGGAUGUGGACGAGUACCAGUUUGGAAGAUACAACAUGAACAUCACCUUCUACGAUUCCCCAGCGUUCCGGCGCCAAGUGCGCGGCUCUCCCUACUACAUCGACCUCAACCAAAACCUCUACCUCCAAGCCUGUCUUCACAGCUCGGACCCAAACCUGAAGGUGGUUGUGGACACGUGUGUGGCAUCACCUGACCCUCGCGAUUUUAACACGCUGGCCUAUUACUUAGUCAGGAAUGGGUGUCCUAGAGAUUCUUCCUAUGCCACGUACUACUCCCCUUCCAGCCACUUUGCUCGGUUCAAGUUUAACGCCUUCGAGUUCAUGAGCCGGCACCCGUCGGUGUUCCUGAAGUGCCAGAUGCUGGUCUGCAGGCUCGGGGACUACUCCUCCCACUGCUACCGGGGCUGCAGCUCCAGGGCCAAGAGAGACACCAGCUCUGCUGAGGAAAAAGUGGAUGUGGUGGUUGGGCCCCUUCAGCUCCGAGGAGGGGAUGCUCCGACAAGUGGAGCUUGGUGGAACCAGGCAGACACAGACCUAAAAUCAAUAUGGACCAAAUUUGCCGAGUGGAUUAAAGAAAAAUUGGAGCAAAAUGUUCCACCACAACCACAGCUGAGACUGGAAUCUGGAGGGCACCGAUGCGCCGGGAGGGUUGAAGUUUAUCAUGAUGGAAAAUGGGGCACAGUCUGUGAUGAUUAUUUCAAUAUGAACAGUGCCAACGUUGUGUGCAGACAACUUCACUGUGGCCAAGCUGUCUCUGUCCUGGGACUGUCUUACUUUGGCCUCAGUGGAAAAGUUAUCCAGUUGGAUGAUGUGCAGUGUAGAGGAACUGAAUCCCACCUUUGGGACUGCCGGCAUGCCGGCUGGGGCAAGCACAACUGUGGACCCAGUGAGGAUGUUGGUGUCAUCUGCUCAGAUGCAACGCAAUCCACGGUUGCACCGACAGCCCUAGAUGUGUUUUCUGCACCCACCACUGUCACAGAGGAAAUGACCACAUUAGUUCCUGAGACCCCAGCCACAGCUGAUGAAGCAACAGUCUCUCCUACUGCUGAGCCUGCAGAAGUAACCACAACAACAGUCUCUCCUACUGCUGAGCCUGCAGAUGUAACCACACCAACAGUCUCCCCUACUACUGAGAGUGCAGAUGCAACCACAACAACAGUCUCUCCUAGUACUGCAUCAGCAGACAUUACCACAACAACCGUUGCUCCUACUUCUGGACCUGCAGAUGCAACCACAACAACAGUCUCUCCUAGUACUGCACCAGCAGACAUUACCCCUGAUAAUGAUUUAAAGGGCAUUGGGUUCUGA